AUGCUCACGACGCCCAGCCCAAAGCACGAACCGCGAGUGAAACGAGCCCGCGUCACAGCCUUCCAACACACCAAGACCCCCCUGGAAGUGAGCGCCAGCGGCGUCGCCAAGCAAGUCAAGAAGUCAGUGGACGUCCACGUACGCAUUCGGCCGCUCAUCGACGGCGAAGUCGAGCGCCAAGACGCCACCUUAUCAUUCCAGACGUCGACCACUCGCGGGACAUCCCUGUCGUUCUCGCUCCCGAAAACUGACAACGACGACGUCGAGUUUGUCGAAGUGCUGGGUGGGUUCCAGGUCCCCAAGUCCAAACCGAAGCGGGACAAGCGUUUCUCCCACUUCACCAGCGUCCACCGAGACGUGACCAACCGCUCGUUCUUCGACGCCACGGUCGCUCCUCUGGUGGACGAGGCGCUGGCGGGGCGCACGGGGUGCUGCUUUGCGUAUGGGCACACUGGGUCUGGGAAGACACACACGAUUCUCGGCUACGGGGCCGAGCGCGGCAUGUACCACUUGGCCGCCACGCAGCUGUUUGCCGCCCUCGACCGCGUCAACAUGGACGUCCACGACGACCAAGACCGCGUCAAGAUUCAAGUGCGGUUCAAUGAAGUGUACAACGGAGACGUGUACGAUCUGUUGCACGACGGCGCCAAGUGUUUUGUGCGCGAGGACGGCCACGGCAAGGUGCAGAUCCGCAGCGACACGACGACGGACGCUGUCACAGGUCUGGUCACGACGGCGUUCUCGUCCAGCCACUUGGCCACGUCUGAGACAGAACUCCUGGCGAUCGUGACCAAGGGCACGUUGACCGGUCGCACGCCCUCCUCCAGAUGGAGCUCGUGA